AAACAAGCCAGCCUUAUCCCUCCUUCUAAACGCUCAAGUGUUACUCCACCAAAGCCACAGAACCGAAAAAGAGAGUAUUUCUUAUUUUUUCAGCCAAACAAAAUGUAUCAUGAAUUACUGAUUUUUCAUUUUUAAAUAAAAAUUCUAAAAAGUUAUGCAGUAUGACUGUAAUUUCAGCAACAGCAGCAAGUGGGUUUCCCGCCUUUCAUGUGAAAUGCUGUGAUUCGAAACCAUCACGAGGUUUUGGUUCCAAAAAAGACAAGGCGGCCAAAACAAGUAGCUCAAGGGAGGAGAAGGGUGGGGCAGUACAACAAAAAAGGAAAUCGGUAGCAAAACAGUCUGGUCCUCUACCUACACAGGCACCUGUUUUAAGUUCUCGGUUCGAUGUAAAAUCUAACAUCAAAUCCUUGGAUGUUGACUUCGAGGAACGGCUGGCAGCAGUUAAAAGGUCAGCAGUUGAGCAGAAAAAGGCACAGGAAGAAAAUGAAUUUGGAGCAAUUGACUAUGAUGCACCGAUUGAAUCAGAUAAGAAAACAAUUGGACUUGGUACUAAGAUUGGAGUUGGAGUAGCUGUCUUGGUCUUUGGUUUGGUUUUUGCCCUCGGAGACUUUCUUCCCACAGGGAGUGUUAGUGAAAAUGAGGAAGCUAGGGUUGUUGACAAGAAACUGUCAGACGAAGAGAGAACUACUCUUCAGACUAGGCUGCGACAAUAUGAAGCAACACUUAGUGCCUCUCCAAACAAUCCAACUGCACUUGAAGGAGCUGCAGUAACAUUGGUGGAAUUAGGAGAGUACACUCGGGCUGCCUCUCUCCUCCAGGACUUGGGAAAGGUGAAACCAACUGACCCUGAUGUUUUCCGUUUGCUUGGAGAAGUUAAAUAUGAACUUAAGGAUUAUGAAGGGAGUGCUGCUGCAUAUAGGUUGUCCACAAUGGUUUCCAAAGAUAUCAAUUUCGAGGUUCUUCGGGGAUAUACAAAUGCACUGCUUGCUGCUAAGAAAUCAGAUGAGGCUGUUCAAUUCCUUCUGUCCACUCGCAGACGUCUGAGUACUGAAAAAUCAAAUGAUCUUAAUGUUAUGGCUGGCAGCAAUGAGGAUGAAUUGCAGAUAGUUGACCCCAUUCAAGUUGAACUACUUCUUGGGAAAGCCUAUUCAGAUGGGGGUCGAGUUAGUGAUGCUGUAGCUGUUUAUGAUCAGCUCAUUUCUAACUAUCCAAAUGACUUCCGUGGUUACUUAGCAAAGGGAAUUAUAUUGAAGGAAAAUGGAAGUCGUGGAGAUGCAGAGAGGAUGUUUAUCCAAGCUCGGUUUUUGGCACCAGAGGGAGCAAAAGCACUUGUAGAUCGUUAUUCAAGAUAAUGAUCACUUCAUGUAUGUAAGUUCAUCUUUUGUAAAGCUUCUAUUUUACAAAUUUGAUUUUUGAGGCCUGCUUGAACUCGGAUUUACAGGGGAAAAAAUGAAAAAUGAAUACUAUUCCCCCACAAACAAAAACAAUAGCCAACCAACAAACGGUGGUCAAAGUCAUUAAGGUCGGCCGCUUUUGAUGCAAUAUUCAAUCUUACAUGAACGAUUAUUCAA